CCCAGGUUUUGCAUUAACAACAAACAUUUUGUUCAACUUGGAAAAAACUCCCGAGGUUGUGACUUUCUUCUUCUCGGCAAAGACGAUAAAGGACGCGUACCAUGUAAACCACUGGAAUCUAGACUGCGUAUGAAAUUUUGGUGCCACAGAGAGUUGAGAUGAAAGCACGUGCGCUACGAGACCAGCCUCUGAUCUGCGUUGUCACGCCGUUUUGUUGACAAGCCCACCCGGGAGCUCUUCCGUCCUAUCUUCACUUUGUUCGUCACCUCGAACCACAGUGGCCUGCUGCUUUUUUUAGGGUGUUUUGGAACGCGCUGCAUUCUGCGCUAAGCGAGGGUCCCGAGGUAGUAUUGUGAAAUUCCCCGCUUGGACAGCUGAAUGCCACCCAUUUGAGUUCCAUUGAUAUACAACACCCACGGCGACACAAGAAUUCCACUUUCCAACCCCAAUGCCUGUCGAAUUCAACACAAAAUAUUUGUUUGAACAUAGCAGAUACCGAGCAAAUGUUCAGUCAGUGGUGAUAUAAAGCAAAGGAGGAAAAAAUAUAGGAAACUUUCAUUAUGGCUGGGAGACUGGAGCAAAAAGAUUCAGCGACCAAAACGGACAAGAUGGAGAAAAAUUCCGCCAUCGCACCGGCCAGGCCACAGGUCAUCGAGCUUGGCGAGAUGCAGGCCGGCGACUUUUGGACGCCAGUCCAGUGGGCCGUCCUCGUGUCCCUGGUUGACGCCAUACUGGCUCCCGUGGUGCCCGAGUCCGAAGUCGCCGACAAGAAGACGCAGAUCAAAAUACCAGACCACAAGUAUAACGCCCUCCUGGAGGAGUUGCACAGCACCAUCGCCGGAAACCCAGACAAGGAGGUGCUCAAGGCCGUCUUCCUCGAGAGCUUCUCCACCAACCCGGCCCUGGUCGGCCACAUGAAGCGGACCGUCUGCACAUCCGUCCAUCCCAAGCUCCGCGCCAGGCUCGGCGGUGUCCUCGCUGCCGUGUCGACCAGAGUGGGCGCCUUCUUCUUGACGGGGUACUGCACCCCGGUACACGAGCAGCCGCUGCACAUUCGUGAGGCCAUUGUUCGGGGCUGGUCGGUGUCUCGUCUCACCGACAUUAGGCUGCUGGUCAAGUCCCUGUCCAUGUUUGCUCAGAUCGCGUGGCUGCAGUGCAGCCCGCUGUUCAAGCAGGCGAGCGGCUAUAUCGACGUCCCCCAUAACUGGAAGCCGGGCCCUAGCUUCGACUUUGAGUUCCUGCAGUUUGGCCGUCCGCCCAAUGUGGAGGACAACUUGGCGCCCGUUAGUCCUGCCGUCAUCGAUACGGACAUUGUGAUCGUUGGCUCGGGCUGCGGUGGCGGAGUAUGUGCCAAGAUCCUAUCCGAGGCCGGUCACAAGGUGGUUGUGGUCGAUAAGGGCUACUACUUCACACCCGAUCAGUUCCCAAUGCCGCAGGAGCAAGGCAGCCGGCUCCUCUGCGAGAACGGCGGUGUUGUGGUUACUGCCGAUGGAUCGACCAACAUCGCCGCGGGCUCAACUUGGGGUGGCGGCGGCACCAUAAACUGGAGCGUGUGUCUGCAAACUCAGGGGUUCGUCCGACGUGAGUGGAGUCAAGAUCGCGGACUGGUCUUCUUCGAAACCGAGGAGUUCCAGGACUGUCUGGAUCGCGUAUGCGACUACAUGGGAGCCGGCCGGGGAAGCGAGCACGCCGUCAAGCAAACCCACAGAGGACAGGUCCUGCUGGACGGAUGCCGAAAGCUCGGAUGGCACGCCGCGGCGCUGCCGCAAAACUCGGGAGGCGCGGAGCACUGGUGCGGUCGGUGCAUGAUGGGCUGCGGCAGUGCUGAGAAGCAAAGCCCUGCGGUGAGCUGGCUUCCGGCUGCGAAGAAGGCGGGUGCCACCUUCAUCGAGGGUUUCCAGGUCGACAAGAUCACGUUCGAUGAGGCCUCUGGCGGCAAGGUCGCCACGGGCGUCGUUGGUACUUGGACAUCUCGUGAUAGCUCUGGUGGAGUUACCGGACCCAAGGAGCAACGUGCCGUCAGAAAGGUUUCAAUCAAGGCCAAGAAGGUUAUUGUCUCGGCAGGCUCUCUGUGGAGCCCGGUUAUAUUAUCAAAGAGCGGCGUCAAGAAUCGACACCUGGGACACAACCUGUAUCUGCAUCCCUGCAAUUUUAUUGGCGCAUACUACAAGGAAGAUAUACAGGCAUGGGAUGGCGGAAUCAUCACUAGUUUCUGCACAUCCUUCGAGGACCUUGAUGGCCACGGCCACGGCGUCAAGCUCGAACCUACGUGCCAGAUACCAUAUACCAAUAUGUCAAUGCUUCCCUGGAAGAGCAGCACCGACUUCAAGGCCGCCGCCAUCAAGUACCGCCACAUGGACGUCUACAUCGCCUUGACCCGAGACCGCGACUCAGGCAGAAUCCAGGUGGACCCUACGACAGGCACGCCAGUCGUGCACUACACGCCAUCGGACUUUGACCGCGCGCACACCCUCGAGGGCGUCAUCGCCACCGCCAAGUGCUGCUACCUGAUGGGCGCCACGGAGAUCCGGGCCUUCCUGCCGGGCGUCGAGCCGUUCAUCAGGAGGCCCACGAGCGCGUCCUCAACCACCUCGGCCGAUACCAACGACGAUGUGAAGAAGUCCAACCUCGGCGUCAGCGACCCGGACUUUGCGGCCUGGAUCAAGGAGGUCCGCCGCGUCGGCAACCGGCCCCCCGUGGCGCCUUUCUCAUCGGCUCACCAGAUGGGCACGUGCAGGAUGGGUAUCAACGAGGGCGAGGGAGUCGUGGACCCCAAGGGCCACGUCUGGGGCUACAAGAACUUGUUUGUGGCGGACGCCAGUGUGUUCCCGUCGGCGUCGGGGGUGAACCCAAUGAUUACAAACAUGGCGAUUUCGGACUAUAUCGCCAGAGGUGUGGAUCGCGAGCUGGCUUCCAAGUCGGCGUGAAGGUGGCGUAGUAUGUGAUGAAUUUGGACAUAUUUCUUUCAAUGUAGUAGUACCUUUUGUAUAAUCUCACAUAAAAGUGACGGUGUCUGAGCUAUGCUCUCAUGGACUUGAGGUGCAUCAUUGAAAUACGCUGUACGCUUGACAAGUACCAAAAGUAUAGGUACAAUGUAGGCUUAGAUGGUGCCUGAACCUGCU